AUGGCUUCCCAACCCGUAAACAUUCUCCUGUCGUCCUUCCCUGGACUGGCAUUGCCCCCGACCCUCACAUUCUCACUCCCGGCUACAUCAACAGUCGCAGAUCUCUCAGAACGGAUUGAACAUUACCUGCCCGAGUCGUUAAAGCGGAUCGCAGCCAACCUCACGAUCACCACAAUUGGCAACAAACAACUACUACCCGAAUCUACUUCACGAGUGUCUUCUUUUCUCUCAGCACAUCAUGAAUCAGGUUUUGAGAACAAUAUUCUCCCCCUACGCCUCUCGGUCCCCUUGAGGGGAGGCAAAGGUGGUUUCGGGUCCCAGCUCCGUGCUGCUGGUGGUCGUAUGUCCAGCAAGCGCAAGCGCAAUCAAGGUGAAAACAAUGGCUCAAACCGCAAUCUCGACGGUCGCCGUCUACGCACCGUCAAUGAAGCUAAGGCGCUCGCCGAAUACCUUGCCGUGAAGCCUGAAAUGGAUAAGAAAGAAAAGGAAGAACGCCGACGUAGGUGGGAGUCCAUAGUUGAGAUGGCGGAAAAGCGCACCGACGAAAUAAAGAAUGGAGGUGGCAAGAGUCGUUUGGAUGGACAGUGGAUGGAAGAUAGGGAAGAAAUGAAUGAAAAGGCGCGCGAAGCUGUCCUUGCCGCGAUGAAGGAUGGAACGUGGAACGACAAUUUGCGCGAUGUACUCAUGGGAGGGUCCAGUACAAGUGCUAGCGAGGGCGCUUCUAGUCAAGAGGAGGAUGGGAGUGAGAGUAGUGAGAGUGUCGACGACGAUGAUGAAGAGAAGGACACUGGAGCUGCUGUUGCCGGGCCAUCAUCUAAGCCUGCUGUUACAUCACGGCGAUAUAUUGGUUUUGAUGAGGACGACGAAUUCAUGAGCAGCGACGAAGAGGAUAAUGAGGAUAAUGAAGAUGGCAAGGGAAAGGGCAAACAAUCUGCUUGA